AUGUCGACGGUACCUAUGAAUGGGUCCAUUGAGGACAAAGUCCUAGCAAAUGCAGAAUCCACUGGACGAGACAUCCGGGAUCAUAUGCUUUUCGAGGUUUCUACCGAGGCCGCCAAUCGAGUCGGAGGCAUCUACUCCGUGAUCAAAUCAAAAGCCCCUGUCACCACUGCCGAAUAUGGCGAUCGAUACACUCUCAUCGGCCCUCUCAAUCGUGCUUCAGCUGCGGUCGAAGUCGAGCCCCUCACCCCUACGAAUCCCGAACUCGCCGAGACCAUAACAAACAUGCAGGCUAGGGGCAUUGGAUUGGUCUACGGCAGAUGGCUGAUUGAGGGUGCACCACGCAUCCUGCUUAUCGAUACAAAAACGGGCUACCGAUGGCUUGAUGAGUGGAAGGCAGAUCUGUGGCAUACGGCUGGUAUACCUUCGCCUCCUGGAGAUGACGAGACGAAUGAAGCAGUGGUCUUCGGAUACCUCGUAGCUUGGUUCCUUGGCGAGUUUGUAUCUCAUGAGCGCAAGCGAGCUAUCAUCGCCCAUUUUCACGAAUGGCUCGCGGGAGUGGCUCUUCCCUUGACGAAAAAACGGAGAAUAGACGUGACCACCAUCUUCACCACACACGCUACCCUUCUCGGAAGAUAUCUUUGCGCUGGGUCGGUCGACUUUUACAAUAACCUCCAGUACUUUGAUGUGGAUGCAGAAGCUGGAAAGCGCGGUAUAUACCACAGAUGUUGCAUCGAACGAGCCGCAGCACACGCUACCGACGUUUUUACCACCGUCUCCCACAUCACGGCUUACGAAAGCGAGCAUCUGCUGAAGCGGAAGCCUGAUGGAGUACUGCCCAAUGGCUUGAACGUGAAGAAAUUCUCCGCCAUGCACGAGUUCCAGAAUCUGCAUCAACAAUCAAAAGAGAAGAUUCAUGACUUCGUACGUGGACACUUCUAUGGCCACAACGACUUCGAGCCGGACAAUACGCUAUAUUUCUUCACGGCAGGGCGGUAUGAAUACAGAAACAAAGGGGUGGAUAUGUUCAUCGAAUCUCUGGCGCGACUGAACCAUAGCUUGAAGAGCUCAGGGUCUAAAAUGACCGUGGUUGCGUUCAUCAUCAUGCCAGCAAAAACAACAUCCUUGACAGUGGAGGCUUUGAAAGGCCAGGCAGUCAUCAAGUCAUUGCGAGAUACCGUGGGAGUCAUCGAGCGAGAAGUGGGAAAGAGGCUGUUUGAUCGAUCGCUCCAGUGGCACGAGGGAGAAGAUGUGCCCGAGCACAAGGACCUGCUGACGAGCGCUGACCGGGUCAUGCUUCGACGACGACUCUUCGCGAUGAAGCGAAAUACGCUGCCACCAGUCGUCACGCACAACAUGGCCAACGACGCUGAUGAUCCAAUCCUGAACCAGAUACGCCGAGUGCAGCUGUUCAACCACCCGUCUGACCGCGUAAAGGUCAUUUUCCACCCGGAAUUCCUCAACUCUGCCAAUCCUGUCCUACCCCUCGACUACGAUGAUUUCGUCCGCGGCACGCAUAUGGGGAUUUUCCCAUCCUACUAUGAGCCAUGGGGCUAUACGCCAGCCGAAUGUACCGUCAUGGGUGUUCCGAGCAUCACCACAAAUCUCUCUGGCUUCGGAUGUUACAUGGAGGAGCUCAUUGAGAACGCAUCCGAUUAUGGAAUCUACAUUGUUGAUCGCCGAAUGAAGGGCAUUGACGAUUCCGUCAAUCAGCUUGCGAGUUAUAUGUUUGACUUUGCUUCCAAGAGUAAGAGACAACGUAUCAACCAGAGGAAUCGGACAGAGCGCUUGAGCGAUCUUCUGGACUGGAAGAGAAUGGGUAUGGAAUAUGUGAAGGCUCGGCAACUGGCUUUGAGGAGAGCAUACCCAGCUUCAUUUGACGACGACUAUGACGAGGCAGGCAUGUUCGAUGCUACAGAGCCUAAGCUUAGCCGGCCGUUAUCCGUCCCAGGAUCACCAAGAAACCGGUCUGGCAUGAUGACGCCCGGUGACUUUGCAUCGCUGCAAGAAGGCCGGGAAGGCUUGAGUACCGAGGAUUACAUCGCGUGGAAAUUGCCUGAAGAGGAAGACCCAGAUGACUAUCCCUUCCCUCUGACCUUGCGAUCGCCAAAGAAGUCCACACCGAUGGGUUCGCCAAAUCCAGGUGUCAUGAAUGGGGUGUCUUGA